AAAUUAUUUAUUACCAUUGGAAUUGCGAAAGUAAACAUUACGUUCUUCCCAGAGAGAUGUUGGAAUUUCAAAGAGGCCUCGUUCAAAUACUACUUUUAAUCGGUUUUCUUUGGUUAAACUUAAACAAAAUUCAAGCUGAGGAAACAAAAUCGAUAAAAUGUGGUCAGCGAAAUACCCAAGGAAUUCCAACAGCUUCCAACUCAGAUAUACCUACACCCCUUGGUGAAAGUAAAUUUGGAGAAUUUCCCUGGACCAUUGACAUUGCCCAAGGGCCGAGGGUGUUUUGUGCCGGCUCCCUGAUACAUCCCAAAGUAGUGCUGACAGCCGGUCAAUGUUUGCUGCGGCAAAAUGAUAACGAAUUAAAAUUACGUGCCGGUGUGUGGGAUCGUGCGGCGAACAAUGAACGCUACCCUUAUCAGGAGAGAUCAAUCGCAAAGGCCAUCAUACAUCCCGAGAUGGCAGCACGACGCAAUGACCUAGCUUUGGUGAUUGUCAAUGAACCGUUCAUCUUGGCCGAUCACAUUGGUACCGUGUGCUUGCCUCCCGCAAACUAUGCCACGCCAAAUGGUACAAUUUGCUACGCAACUGGAUGGGGAAGGAGGUCAUUGUUUGGUGAUUUAAGUCAACGUAUGAAACUCGUGACUUUGUCGAGUUUGGAGGGGGAGCUUUGUGAACGAGAAAUUCAAACGAAGUUGGAAAGUUCGGUGAUGUGUGCCGUGGGACAAAAUGGUAACGAUACCUGUGCCGGUGAUUCGGGUGGACCGUUAGUGAGUCGCAUCGAAGCAGAGGGGAAAGUUUAUCAUCAAAUUGGUAUAACUUCAUUUGGUGCUGCAUGUUUUGCUGGCAUCCCGGGUGGUUACACCAAUGUUGCCCAUCUUCGUGAAUGGAUCGAUUCGCAAAUGAGGGAGAAUGGUUUGGAAACGGCAACAUAUAUACAUUAGUAAAAUAAUUGUUAUUCCGAAAGUUUCAAUUACUGUUG